AUGUCCAAAAAAUACAAUAUUAGUCCACCUCUUGAUCCGAUUUCAAUAGCAGAUAUGUUUUAUUAUUGUGAGUUCUGGGUACUUCACUUUAAUCGAGCUGACACUUGGUGUGCAUUGUUAAGUGAUGAUGAUCUUAUGCUUGCUCGAUAUUAUUGGAAUAUGAGAGAUUAUUUUCUAUAUUCAUAUGGGAAUCCUCUUAAUGAGCAAUUGGGUUGUGCCUACAUUACACAAUUUGUAAAUAGCGUUGAGGAUUACUUAAACGGGAAAUCUCGGAUGGUAGCUGACCUGAAAUUUGGUCAUGGAUUUACUGAGAAGAUUGUACUUACUACGUUGGGUGUAUUUAAAGACGAAUAUCCACUUACAGCAGAUUUGACUCUCGAACAAAUGAAAAGCUUAAAGUAUAUAACACAAAAAGUUUUAUAUUGGACUUCUACUAUAUACUUUGAAAUUUAUACUUCUCCAGGCAAAGAUGUAUUAAUGCGACUUGUAGUUAAUUUUGAACCAUACAUAAUUCCGGAUUGUGAUGGUGAAUAUUGUAAAUGGAGUAAAUUUAAGGAUAUUUUAAGUGGUAAGAUUAAUUGUGAUUUUG